AUGAGUGAAAUCGAGUGUUUCUUUUACAGAGAACAAGGUCAUAUUCAAGCGAAUUGCCAUACAUAUAAAAAAGCUAGAAAGGAUCUUAAAUCGAAGUCGAAAUCGAAGUUGAAAUCGAAGAACAAAUCGAAAUCGAAGAAGAUGACAAAAUCCAAGAAAUCAAAGGAUGACUCUGAAUCAUCAUCAUCAUCAUCGGAAGAGUCAAGCAUUGAUGAUGAUAAGGUUGAAAAUACGAAAAAUAAAAGAGAAAAUAUUAAUAAUGGUGGAAAGGCUAAUUUUGCUAGUGAUAUAAAUAACAAUAAUAAUCAUGAUACAUAUACUGGAUAUGCUGAUAUAGUUUAA